UGGCCCCUACCUUGCUCUGCUCCGGUCGUCUCUGCUACGUUGACUUCACCAGCUGAGCCAUCCAUGUCCGAUUGCAACACAUGGAAUCUCAUCUAGGAUAUGAUCGUAUUGCCUCUGGGGGUGGCCUCUCCAUGUGAUUAUAUGAGCACAGAGUUGCAUUUCCAUGGACCCCAUGAUGCACUCAUAGCUGGAUGGGGGAAAGUUAGUACAAUUCUAUACAAUUAGAGCUAAAUCAUAUGGUGGUUGUCAUUGUGGUUUCACAAGCAAGGUAUAAUCUAUCAUCACGGAAACUCUUACCUACGGCUCGUCAGACUUGAAAUCACAGACAUUGGGUGACCAAAUGGAAGAUGGCACGCAGCCCAAGCUCACCACUUCUACGACCAAUAACACAGGUGCACCGGUAGCAGUCACUUGUCAAAGCGAAGAAAACAACACCAUGGAAGCUGGCAGUGAUAGGCAGGAUACCAUGAAUGGUUUGUCCAGCAGGUAUUUAUUAUUGAAUAGCCAUGAACCUUCCAGCAUCACGAUUGAUUUUGAGCUCUUGUGGAGACUGCGAAAGUAUCUUGUAAUGCUUGCGAUCUUAGCAGUCAGUGUGACAUACAAUGCUGGAUUAACCCCACCAGGUGGAUUUCGUACAAAAAACACAGAUACUCUGACACAUGAUGCUGGUGAACCUCUCCUUCGUGUUUACUUCUUCCAACGAUAUGAGAUUUUCUUUUACUUCAAUGCAACAGCCUUUGCUGCAUCUCUUGUCUUAAUCAUAUUGCUUCUAAGCAAGAGUGUGACGAGGCAGAAUUUGUGGCUCCGUUCAAUGCAAUUCACUAUGAUAUUAGACCUAUUCAGCUUGAUGGGAGCCUAUGCUGCUGGAAGCUGCAGGGCAGUAAAGUCUUCCAUUUAUAUAUGGGUCCUAGUAGUUGCUGUUUUCAUAUAUGUCGGGAUUCACAUCUUGAUAUGCAUAAGGAUAUUUCCAAAAUGGUUGAAAGAGAGGGCUAAAACGUUGCUACAGAAAAUUCUACAAAAGUGGGGUGUACAUGAGGAGCAAAGGAGCAGUGAUGAAAAAAGGAACAUUGAGGAGGCUCGCAAGUUCAUUUUGAUGCUUUCAACUUUUUCUGCAACUAUCACCUACCAAGCAGGAUUAAAUCCACCAGGUGGUUUCUGGACACAAGACAACACUCAUCCAGCUACCUCUAUUCUUCGGAGUAACUAUCUUGCCCGGUAUAAUUUUUUCAUGAGUUGCAAUGCAACUUCAUUUGUGGCAUCUUUGGUCACAAUCAUAUUGCUUCUGAGCCCAGAAUUGAGCAAGCAUGGAAUAAGGUCUAAAGCUGUUAUUGUGUGUGUGAUAGCUGACCUACUGGGCCUGAUAGGUGCCUAUGCUGCAGGAAGCUGUAGAGAUGUAGCAGUAUCUUUCUAUGUUAUGUCUGUCUCCAUCAUAGUCUUGAUCUGCUUUGUAGUUUUAGCUGGAAUAUUGGUUUACAAACCUGUGGCAGACUGGCUACAAAAGAUCAAACCAGACACUCUGCUAUGCAUUCAUAAAAUUGGCCGGGUUUUUUCAUUGGAGUUUGGGAGCAAUAAAUCAAUUGAUAGAGAGCAAGAAAACUCCCAAGCAAAACAUGAGCAAAAAGCAGUGCUUGUACUAGAUGCACAAGAAGAAGUUGCUAUAGAACAGUCAAGUUACCACCCGCAAAGUGCAAAUACUGGAGAGGGCGAGUCAAAUGCGAAGCAUGAGCCUUCAGGAGAACGGCAAUCUGCAAAUUCCGAGAAGGCUGUGCCUGAUUCUGACCAUCCAUUGGCCCGUUAUCAGCAAUCUAUAGGUAGCAAUGAUGUUGUGUACAACCUGCAGGAUCAAUCUAUAAACAACCUUCAUCAAUCUGCAAAGGAACCUGUGUCAACCACACAGCACCCAUCUGCGGACAGUCAACAUGCUACCAACUGUAAAGAUGGUAUGCAUCAAUCUGCAGACAGUAAUCAAGAUGCAAAUUCAAUGGAACAAUCUUCAACAAUAGAUGAUUUCAAGACUGCUAAGGAUGGUAUUUCUAAUCCUGAGCAUCAAUCUGCAGACAAACACCAUGUUGCAGAUCUGAAGGAACAAUCCUCAAUAACUGAUGACUUAAAGACUACAGAUACUAAAGGCAGUAUGCCUAACCCUGACAAUCGAUCUGCAGACAGUCAGCAUGUUAUGACUAAAAUGGAACAAUAUUCAUCAACUGAUGAACCAGGGAGUAUAGUUACACCAGAAUCUAAAGUAUCUUCUGAUGUGCUUGUGGGAACCAGUGAGAUUGAAACUGCUGAAGAUAAUAAAAUUGCUAGACAUGUUGAGAAUGGUUGUAUUGACAAGAAUGAAGGAUCUCCCAAUGAAGAUGGCAACAAUGAUCAAACUGCUAAGCAUCUGGAGAAGUGCCGCACAUAUCUACUACUCCUUGCAAUUCUUGCAGUAUCUCUGACAUACCAAUCAGGUCUGAACCCACCAGGCGGCUUCUGGACUGAAAAGGAGGAUGAUCAUUCUUCUGGUGAUCCCAUCCUUGAGGACAGUCACCAUCAUCGUUAUAUUGCAUUCUUCUAUCUAAAUGCCAUCGCCUUUGUUGCAUCCGUUGUCCUGAUCAUUAUGCUCCUGAACAGAAGAAUGGCCAACAAGGCUAUAAAACGGUGUGCACUGCAGAUAGCAAUGAUAGUGAUCCUCCUGUCCUUGACAGGGGCUUAUGUCAUGGGAAGCUGUAGGGAGACAAAGAAUUCAAUUUAUAUCUCAGUGUUGGUACUUCUUGUGCUUGCUUACGUUGGUGUUCAUGUUUUGGUAGCAAUUCAUAUAAUCCCAGAAGGUUGGAAGAAGCGGGUGGCAGAAAAGCUAAAGCACCUCUCGUGCAAGAAUUUUUGGUUACCUGUCCAUGGUAGCACCCAGACAGAUCAUGGCAAUGAGAAGGAUUGGGAGCGAAGGCGCAAUCUACUAUUGAUUCUUUCUAUUCUUGCUGCAACUGUCACAUACCAAGCUGGCAUGAACCCUCCAGGAGGUGUAUGGUCUGAUGACAAGGAUAUCAAUCGCAACCUUUCAGGCAACCCAAUCCUCCAGGAUAACAAUUUAAAACGCUAUGAUGUGUUCUACUACUCAAAUUCAGUCUCGUUUGUGUCAUCUGUAGUCAUCACAAUACUACUCGUGAACAAGGAAUCCUGUGAGCAUGGCAUAAAGUUCUACGCAUUGCGAGCGUGUUUAGCAGUUGGAUUGGUUGGCCUCUUAAUCGCUUAUGCCGCUGGAAGCUGCAGGAAAGCAAAACAAUCAAUUUAUCUCGUCAUCAUUGCGGUUGCAGUUCUGAUCUCCCUUAUGAUUCAAGUCUUUAUAAUAUCUUCAGCACGUGGAGGGAAAUUCUGCAAGUAUAUGGAAAGUUUGCUGGCAUGUUUUUCUCAGGCUGAGGAGACUAGUCAAGAUACUCCUUCUGGGCUGCAAGGGAGUCCAGAUCGUUGUGAGAAAAGUGAAAGAAAAAGACACAAGUAUCUGAUGUUGCUCGCAAUAUUGGCGGCCUCCAUCACGUACCAAGCUGGCCUGAACCCACCUGGUGGCUUCUGGUCGGAUGAAAGUUCAGAUGUCCACAAGGCUGGCACCCCAGUACUUCAUGAUAUUCAUCCCGACCGCUACAAAGCAUUCUUCUGCUUCAAUGCAUUCUCCUUCAUGUCAUCCAUUGUUGUGAUCAUGCUUCUGCUGAGUAAAUCUGUCAGGGAGAAGAAUGUACCACUUGAGGUGCUGCACUUGAUCAUGAUACUGGAUUUGCUGGCGCUCAUGACAGCCUUUGCUGCAGGGAGCUGCAGGAAAUUCAGGACCUCGGUCUAUGUCUAUGGGCUAGUAGUCUGUGUUACAAUAUACCUUCUGUUUGUGACUAUUUUAGCAAGUGGCAUUGCGAAAUGUCUGAGAUCGAGGAAGGUAAGCAACUUUUCCUAUCAGAAGCAUUCUGAACAUCCUUCAAGAGCAAAUACACCGCCACCUGAACAAGAGGUUUGAAGGUUUACUAUUCACAGAGGUAUCAUUGAGUUGAAAAAUCUGCUUUUCUUUUGCCUGCAUGUAGUGGGUGGUUUCAGUUGAUUGCAUCUUGUUCUUGCAUGCUCAUGUAAACUUUAAAGUUCUGGUGAUGUUGUAUGCUGGUUGGCAUAUUUGAUCAAAGUUGAAAUUUCGGAUGAAGCCUGAAGCUGCACAUGUAUUAGUUUCCAGUUUUUCAUGCAUUGACCAGAGUUGACAAUGCUGACUGGUAUUGUCGAUAGCUACAAGCAGGCCAUUUAUAUUGUUUCCAUUAUUUUUGAUGUUGCGUAUGCCCUCCAUGGUUAUA